AUGACUGGAGCCCUCCUGUCUGGGCUUCUGCUCUGUUGCAUAGUGGUGCUGUGUGAAUGUGAGCCAACACAACCGGGGCCAGACAAAGGAGAGAUGGACUCAGGUGAGGGCAGUCUGGUCCAUCAAACAUCAGACUGGGUGUUCCAGCUGGUCAACGUAUCCCUGGACCUCUCCCAGGCAGAGAGCUUCUGCAGCGGCCAGUUCAGCUCCCUCACCACCCUGGGCCAGCCUGAAGAUGAGGAGGGAACCCUGGCGCUCCAGAUGCGGGCGGGCCUGCAUGGACCCAUGUGGGUCAGGGACCCCAACAGACCAAUGAGCAGGCCUCUGGCACUAGCCAAACAGUACAUGCUCUUCCAAGCCCUGAACUUUCCCAGGGAUUCUCAGGAGGGCUACGGUCGUGUCAACAUGAUGUUCCCGGCCCUGCCAGCGGUGAGCGUGUGUGUCCGCGUGCAGUGGGACCCCCAGUGGGACCAGGUGUCCACCAUGUACUCCUACGCCGCACCUGUCUUCACCAAUGAGUUCCAGCUGCGCGGGCAGGUGGACAGAACAGGACGCAUACUGCUGGCGCUCAUUGUCCACGGGCAGCACUUCCCCUACAAGGCCUCCUUCCUCAACGAUGGGGCCUGGCACCACCUCUGUGUUACUUGGCGCAAGGCUGACGGCCACUGGGCCAUCUAUGUGGACGGGGAGAGAGGGGCCAUGGGCUCCAAGACUAACACCCCCAGGGACAUACAUGGAAAGGGCAUACUUAUCCUGGGGCAGGACCAGGACUCAUUUGGAGGGAACUUCACUGAACCCUUCGUAGGGAAUAUCACAGAUCUGAAUGUCUGGAACACAUCCUUGGAGCAGAGGCAGUUCCGUGCCCUGGACGGCUGCUCACCUUUGACCCAGAAAGCUAUCUUUACCUGGAGUAUUGAUAAUAUGACCCGUCACCCAGUGGUAAAAGAGGUGUCAGCCAAUCUGUUCUGCCCAGGGGUCCACAGGCAGAGGGAGAUGCAGGGCUGCAGGGCCCUAGAGCGCUGGUCUAGCCAACAGCUCCCCUUGUACAGCUCUGCAGACUGCUCCACCACACUCCCCUUCAUCUGCAGGACCAGCAGGGAGCGCUAUGUUAAGAUGAAGGGGUUGAGUGAGUUACAGAGCUCCCAUCCCAGUCCCUUCAUGAACCUCCUCAUGCAGCUCUCCAAUGGAACACAGGGUGUGGAGGGUGUGAUUGGGGAGCAGUCAGGGGGUCAGAUGAGCUGGGGUCAGGUGUCCAGUCUGCUCAACAUGUCCAGGCAGGCCCUGGAAGACACCAAAGAGGGGCUGCAGCCGAGAGACAUGCUGUCCCUGGUCCAACUGCUAGUGCGGGCUGCAGACGUGCCCACAGACAUGGCCACGGAGGGGAACCACAGCCGGGCCACCAACAGCGCUGGGGAGCUCAGCCACACCUUCAUCACUGUGGCUGACAGCAUCAUCAGCCAGGACAACGUCCCCAAGUGGCAGGCCAUCAAACAGGUGGUGAGUGGACCGAUGACUGUGGUCAGGAGUAUUGACCGCAUGGUGACCAGUCUGAGCACUCGGCUGAUGGCAGAAACCGACCAUCUGCUCAUUCACAGCUCCAGCAUCAAGCUGGAGGUCCAGCAGAAGAGUCUGGGAGAGGAAUCCAGUGGGUCGAAGUUCUGUGGUCCAGUGGUGGACAGCAACACCAACAUAGACUGCAUCUCAGUCCCCACACAGAACAUGCAGGAUCUCCAUGACAACGGCUUCCAGAUGGUGACUGUGGUGAACACGUGGUACAGUUCCCUGCGGCCUCUCUUCAACUCAGAAGAGAACAUCACCAUGUUUCCCAUCGUCACCGAUGGCAUCCAGAGGUACCUGGGCACCAUCCUGGGCUCUUCUGUCAUCUCUACUACAGUCCUGGGUGACGGACAGCCUGUCAGCAUGGCUGUACGCUUCCAGCUCCAACACAGAGCUCGGAAUCCUGUAGGGACCGUGUAUGACCCAGUCUGUGCAUUCUGGGACUUUGAUCUGAUGCCAGAGGCAGGGGGGUGGUGGUCUACUAGAGGAUGUGAGGUCAUCUCUAAACAAUACGACUCCACUGUCUGCUUCUGCAACCACACCACCAACUUUGCCCUGCUGAUGCAAGUCUAUGAAGUCCAGAGGAGCCCAGAGAAUGAAAAAGCCCUCCAGGUGAUGACGUUCAUUGGCUGUGGAGUGUCCCUGUGUGGCCUACUCUUCACCUUCAUCCUCUUCAUUGCUGUAGGAGUUCCUAAGUCUGACCGCACCACUGUCCAUAAGAACCUGAUCGUGGCUCUGGGAAUAGCUGAGCUGCUGCUAAUGUGCAGUGACUGGGCCUCUGCUAACGAGGGGGCGUGUCUGGUGGUGACAGCCCUGCUGCACUUUUUCUUCAUGGCCUCCUUCUCCUGGAUGCUGGUGGAGGGGCUGCUGCUGUGGAGUAAGGUGGUGUCUGUCAACAUCAGCGAGGACCGGAGGAUGAAGAUGUACUAUUCCAUCGGCUGGGGUCUACCUGUUGUGAUUGUUGGUGUAACCUUGACGAUAUCCUUGGACAAGUACAAAGCAGACAAUCACUGCUGGCUCAAUGUGGAGACUGAUAUGAUUUGGGCUUUUGUGGGACCUGUUCUAUUUAUCUUGGUUGUCAAUGCAGUGGUGCUUUGCCGGGUAGUCAUAGUGACAGUGUCCAGCGCUCGUCGUCGCGCAAAGAUGCUCACUCCCAGUUCGGCAUCUAAACUCCAUAGCUUCGACCUGACCUGGGCUGUGACGCGACCCGUCCUUAUUCUACUGCCAGUGCUGGGCCUUACCUGGCUGUGUGGAGUCCUGGUGCACCUAUCCAUGAUGGUGGCCUAUGUCUUCAUCGCUCUCAAUGCUUUCCAGGGCCUGUACAUAUUCCUGGUGUAUGCGGUUUACAAUAGUGAGGUGAGGAAUGCCAUAAAGAGGAUCAAAGAGAAGAGGAAAGCCUUGUCUUUCACGAACUGUUCCCAGCCAAUCAGCUUUCUGCCGUCCCAGAGGGGUCCAGCCCAGACGUGGACCCACAGUCUGCCACCUCCCUCCAGCCCAGAGACCAGCGACAUCUCAGGCCCCGGCAGCACCACCUCCACCUCACUGGUCAUCAAGAGCGAGAGUUUUGGAAAAGAAAGUAGUUUCUCCUUGAAACCUGCAUCAGGAAACCAGGUGGUUCAACUGACUGCUUUCAAGCCCUCAGGUAUUUUCACCAUUUCCUAG